ACUCUUCCCUCCCACCUUUUCAGAAAAUCGCACACACCCUCUCCUCUGUUCUCUCUCUCUGUCUCUCUCUCUCCAAAUCCCAGCUUUGAAUCCAUGGCUCGAUUACCAUCAUUGUUAAUUUCUCUGUUAACCAUCCUCGGCCUACAAACAUCAGGUGUUGUUUCAAGGACAUUCACAAUGGAGAACAAGUGCGACUACACAGUGUGGCCGGGCAUUCUCACCAACGCCGGCGUCUCACCUCUGCCGACCACCGGCUUCGCCCUCGAAAAGGGCGAAACGAAAACUAUCUCCGCACCAGCCUCGUGGGGCGGCCGCUUCUGGGGCCGAACUCUCUGCUCCCACGACUCCGCCGGUAAAUUAUCCUGCCUCACCGCCGACUGCGGCUCAGGAAAAUUAGAAUGCUCAGGCAACGGAGCCGCCCCGCCCGCCACUGUCGCUGAAUUCACACUCGACGGCGCCGGCGGGCUUGAUUUCUUCGACGUCAGCCUCGUAGACGGGUACAACCUCCCUAUGCUGGUGGUCCCCAAUGGCGGAACCGGGACCAAGUGUACGAACACCGGCUGUGUUACCGACCUCAACGCCAGCUGCCCUUCCGAGCUCAAGGUCACCGGUGCCGACGGAGCUGAAGCAGUCGCGUGCAAGAGCGCGUGCGAGGCGUUCGGCGAGCAGCAGUACUGUUGUAGCGGCGCCUACGGUUCUCCCGACACUUGCAAGCCCUCUCAAUACUCUCAGAUUUUCAAGAGCGCAUGCCCGCGCGCAUACAGUUACGCUUACGACGACAAGACCAGCACCUUCACAUGCGCCGGUGGCGACUACACCAUCAUCUUCUGCCCAUCGCGUAGCACCAGCCAGAAAGCGUCACAGGACAACACACAGCCGCAGCCGACAACUACACCGCCGUCGACAACCACCUCAACCUCGCCGCAGGAGAUAAACAACACAAUGGAGUACGAUGGCGGCUCGUACGAUUCAUUUUCGGCCGCGUCCAUUCACACGUUCGAACCACGUGUAAUGAGUGCGGUCGGCGUCAUCGCUCUGCUAUGGCAGCUCUUGUUCUAACUGAGUUGCUGUUGGUUGGGCCAUGUGAUUCAAUAACAUGGGCCCAAUUUAGGAUGGUGGACCUUUCAACUUUUUUCUUUUCUGCCCAUGUGAUUUUUGGGAGGUGGACCCACAUGGAUGGCCGUGGUUACGUGGAUUAGAGUCAUGUGAUGGGAAAGUCCAUCUACGAGAGAUUUUUCAAUAUGAUCGGAAUACAUGGUAUAUUACAUGUCGUUAUAUAAAUGGUGAGAUAUAUGUAUUAAAAAAUACAAUUUUCCACCACUUAUAUAAAAACACUUGGUGUACCAUCCGUGUUUCAAUCACUAUAAAAAAUUUCUCCGCACCCACCCGUCAGCUUCUAAAAUCCAAUUGGCAAGUUGUACGGAGGUUAGAUUAGAUUAGAUUAUUGGAUUAUUAGGUAAUUAGAUUAGAAUUUAGGGAUUAUAUAUGGAAAAAUUAUUGUGGCUCAUUUUGAAAUUUUUUAUUGUUUUUCGUCAUCCAAUUCUUUAUAUUAAAUGGAGGGUCGAAAUUCAUUUUUGUUUGUUGUGGGGAAUGUAGUGAUACACAUCAUAUGUAAAAUAUACAAUAUAUAAUUUAUAUGAUGUUAACUGCUUAAUUUGGUACUAAGAUAAUAAAGUUUUUGUUUUUGCUAA